UUGCCUGGUCGUCUGGGAAACCGGCAACUUCCGGCCUCUCAGCGGUGGGCGGAGCUAAGAUGGCUGAAGAGAAACUGUCCGCGAGAACUCAGCUUCCUGUGUCUGCUGAAUCUCAAAAACCCGUGCUGAAAAAAGCUUCGGAGUUUCCUAUUUUGGAGAAGCAGAACUGGUUGAUACAUCUCUAUUAUAUCCAGAAGGAUUAUGAAGCAUGCAAGGCUGUUAUCAAAGAACAGCUUCAGGAGACUCACGGGUUAUGUGAAUAUGCUAUCUACGUCCAAGCUUUGAUAUUUCGCUUGGAAGGAAAUAUCCAAGAAUCCCUAAGACUCUUUCAGAUGUGUGCUUUUCUCAGCCCUCAGUGUGCUGAUAACCUCAAGCAGGUGGCCAGAUCUUUAUUUCUUUUGGGAAAACAUAAAGCUGCCAUUGAAGUAUAUAAUGAAGCAGCUAAACUUAAUCAGAAAGACUGGGAAAUCUGUCAUAACCUAGGAGUUUGCUACAUUUAUCUGAAACAGUUUGACAAGGCACAAGACCAGUUGCACAAUGCCCUACAUCUUAACAGACAUGAUCUGACGUACAUAAUGCUGGGCAAGAUCUUCUUGCUGAAGGGAGACUUGGACAAGGCCAUUGAAAUCUACAAGAAAGCAGUGGAGUUCUCACCGGAAAAUACGGAACUUCUUACAACUUUAGGAUUACUCUACCUACAGCUCGGUAUUUACCAGAAGGCAUUUGAACAUCUUGGAAACACACUGACUUACGACCCUACCAACUACAAGGCCAUCUUGGCAGCAGGCAGCAUGAUGCAGACCCAUGGGGACUUUGAUGUUGCCCUCACCAAAUACAAAGUUGUAGCGUGUGCUGUUACAGAAAGCCCUCCACUCUGGAACAACAUCGGAAUGUGCUUCUUUGGCAAGAAGAAAUAUGUGGCAGCCAUCAGCUGCCUGAAACGAGCCAACUACCUGGCACCUUUAGAUUGGAAGAUUCUCUAUAAUUUGGGCCUUGUCCACUUGACUAUGCAGCAGUAUGCAUCCGCUUUCCAUUUCCUCAGCGCAGCCAUCAACUUCCAGCCGAAGAUGGGGGAGCUGUACAUGCUCUUGGCUGUUCAGUGGCACAGAAUGGCUGAGAAGCCCGAGGAAAGCCGUACAGCCGUGAAAGUGCAGGCUGCACCCAGCAGGCAGUGGCGGUCACGUGGCGGAGCGAGCACAGUGGGAGUGGCUCUGACCAAUCUGGAGGAUACAGAGAAUGCCAAGAGAGCCUAUGAAGAAGCAGUCCGCCUUGAUAAGUGUAACCCUUUAGUAAACCUGAACUAUGCUGUGCUGCUGUAUAACCAGGGCGAGAAGAGGGACGCCCUGGCUCAGUAUCAGGAGAUGGAGAAGAAAGUCAACCUACUCAAGUAUAGUAGCUCUCUGGAAUUUGAUCCGGAGAUGGUGGAGGUAGCCCAGAAGCUGGGAGCUGCUCUACAGGUCGGGGAGGCACUGGUCUGGACUAAACCAGUUAAAGAUCCCAAAUCAAAGCAGCAGACUGCUUCAACCAGUAAAGCUGCCUGUUUCCAGCAGCCUCUGGGCUCUAAUCAAGCCCUAGGACAGGCAAUGUCUUCAGCAGCCGCAUACAGGAAGCUCUCCUCAGGUGCUGGAGGAACAUCCCAGCUCACAAAGCCACCAUCCCUUCCUCUGGAGCCAGAGCCCACUGUGGAAGCACAACCUACGGAAGCAUCAGCACAAACCAGGGAAAAGUAGGUGUAGGAUGACCCCGGAGCUGGGCUUGCUUUGGCGAGGACCCACCAGAUUAGGAAAGGUCCCAUGACACAGGCAGCAUGGCGGCUGGCACGUACGAGAACGUGUUAUGAUGAUCACCAGGAGCCAGAACCCUUCACACCCCCUGGCUGCCCCAUGAGCUGGGAAAGGACUUACCUCCUGCUGCCUGAGCCCUUUGUGGAAGAACAGUCUGGGACAGACCUCUGCCGUCAUGACAGAGUCUUGGCUAGCUGAGGUGAUUCUUGGGCUGUGUGGUAGGUAUAUUGGCCACCAAGGCAACCACAAAUCUUGAAUUAAUAAUCCAGUUCUAAUAGUAGAAAUUUAUAAGAUGAAAAAAAAGCUUUUUAAAUUGUGGCCCAGUCUAUUGAGUAUCUCAGCUGCACUUGCCCAGAAGAAUCCAGAAAACGUCCCUAUAGCUUGUUCUGGAGCGAGGUCAGAGUGCAGAGCCAGAUCAUGUCAGUAUGAAAAGAGAGAAAGGGCUGGUCUGGUAUCAGCACCAAGGAUUGGGGAAAAAAAAAGGAGGAGCUUCUUAAGUGAGGAGGUUUUAGACAUUCAGUGAUACCACUGACCAGAUGCUAGUAAUACAUUAUCUAUAUAUCCUUUUCAGAAUAAAGAUUAUGUAUCAUCCCUUUGGGAAAAGUUGUUACUAAUGUGUAAGGGAUCACAAUAAAAUGUUUCUGGAAGAAC